UCGCAGGGAAUGGGAGUGUGAAGAGCCCCAGCACAGCCCUGCGCUGCCCUGCUCUCCGGCCACCGCCGAAAUAUGUCCAAUGAACUGGAUUUUAGAUCCGUGCGUCUGAUGAAGAAUGACACCAUGAACUUCCAGAAAUUCCCCUACACCAGCGAAGAUGAAGCCUGGAAAAGCUACCUGGAGAACCCCCUGACUGCAGCCACCAAGGCCAUGAUGAGGGUGAACGGGGACGACGACAGCGUGGCCGCCCUCAGCCUCCUCUACGACUACUACAUGGUCCCGAAGGAGAAGAGGAUUCUCCCGGCUGGGAUGAUGGGACGCAAUGACCUGGCAAAGAGCAGGCACUGCCACGGGAUGGAUUAUGAGCCUGAGAUCCCCUCCUUCGAUGGCUCAGCCCAUCUCAUGAAGCUCCUGUCAGAAAACGUCUCCAUGGCCCAGGAGUUCUGCGAGCCCCCCAAGAAGAAUGGCCUGAGUCUCGAAGGUGUCCCUGCUCCUCACAAGGCAGCCCUGCUCCCUCCAGGCACCAGCAAGCUGGAAACCACCCCAGAAAACUUCCUGGUGGCCCCGGGGGACGUGUACGACAGCAGCUCCCUGAACUCGCUGUUCGAGAGCCUGCCCAUGGCCCCCGCGCAGCAGCGCUGGCAGCCAGACAGCACCUUCAAGGAGGAUCCCCAGGAGACGCUGCUCUUCAGUGACAUCCUCAAACCCCAGCCAGAGCCACCCUGCCCCGAGAGCUUCCCCACGGACGGAGUGAAGAGUGACUUUGAAUACACUCUGGGGUCACCCAAAGCCAUUCACAUCAAAUCUGGGGACUCUCCCAUGGCCUACCUCAACAAAGGACAGUUCUACCCCAUCACACUGCGGACAGCUGGAGACAGCAAAUGUUUGCACUUGUCCUCAAAUAAAGUGAAGAGCGUGGUGAUGAUCGUGUUUGACAAUGAGAAGAUCCCCACGGAGCAGCUGAAGUUCUGGAAGCACUGGCACUCCCGGCAGCCCACGGCCAAGCAGAGGGUCAUCGACGUGGCUGACUGCAAGGAGAACUUCAACACGGUGCAGAACAUCGAGGAGCUGGCCUACAACGCCCUGUCCUUCGUGUGGAACAUCCACGAGGAAGCCAAGGUGUUUAUUGGGGUGAACUGCCUGAGCACAGACUUCUCCUCGCAGAAGGGAGUGAAGGGUGUCCCCCUGAACCUGCAGAUCGACACCUACGACUGUGGCAGUGGCAGCAGCCAGCUGGUGCACAGGGCUGUCUGCCAGAUCAAGAUCUUCUGUGACAAGGGAGCAGAGAGGAAAAUGAGGGAUGAUGAAAGGAAACAGUUCCGAAGGAAAGGAAAAUGCCUGGACUCCAACAACAAUGGUCUGAAAGGCUGUUUGCUCUCUGGCUUCAGAGGGAAUGAGAUCACGUUCCUGCGGCCCGAGAGCGACCUGGAGACGCAGCCGGUGCUGUUCAUCCCCAACGUGCACUUCUCCACCCCGCAGAGGUGUGGCUCGGUGCUCCCUCCCGCUGUUCCCAGCUCUGCAAACAGGCUGCCCCUGAAGCGCAGCGGUGCCUCCUUCACCGACGACUUCGAGCCCAUCCCUCCGAAGCACAGCAAGGAUGAAGAUCCCCAGAGAGUGCUGCUCUACGUGCGCAGGGAGGCCGAGGAGGUGUUUGAUGCUCUCAUGUUGAAGACCCCGGACCUGCAGGGCCUCAGGACAGCUAUUUCAGAAAAAUAUGGGCUUCCUGAAGAAAGCAUUUAUAAAGUCUACAAAAAGUGCAAAAGAGGGAUCCUGGUGAACAUGGACAACAACAUCAUCCAGCACUACAGCAACCACAUGGCCUUUCUGCUGGACAUGGUAGAGGCAGAGAACAAGUUCCAGAUCAUCCUCAAGGAGCUCUAAAGAGCUGCAGGCAGCACUUCCUGGGACUUCUCUCCGAGCUGGCACGUGUGACCCCACAGAACUCAGCCCCGUGCCCCCUCUUGUUGCCUUGACUUGAAUUGAACCCCCUGGCCCUGGGGCUGGGCCACAGACUGCUGUGAGAUCAUCCUGUGAACGUGGAACUUGGCUCUGUGGAGUUGUUAUUAUUAAUAUUAUUAUUAUUAUUAUUUUUUAUUAUAUUUUAUUCCCUUCUGGCACCGGGCCUGAGCUGCUGUUUCAGAGCUGGGCACACGAAGCGACGCUGCCAGGCCUGGGCAGAGAGCAGAGCUGGUGGCCCUGGCAGUGACUGAUGCCAGCCCAGGCCUCUCCACAGACCCUGCAGAGCUUUCCCAGCAGGGCUGAGCUCAGCUCUGAGCUCCUCUCUGGCACAGAGACUCUCCCAGACACAGCCACAGCUCCUGCUGAAUGGACUCUGCCACAUCUCUGACUGUAAAUACCACGGAGGCCUCCACAACCCUUGUUUAUACAUUUCUGUGUUGUUCCUUUUGUAUUUUAUAUGUAUAAAUAUGCAUUGUUUUAUACUGGACUCAGUAUGGUGACACAGAGCAUUUCAAACACAGGCUGCUUCACAUUUCUCCGUGAACUCCUUUUGUAACUGUGUUGUUUUGGAUAUUCUGUAGUAAUAAA